GUACUGACGCGCAUCAAGCAUGCGCACCGCUGCGCAUGCGCCAUAUUGACCAGUGGCAGCCGGCUAGCCUGGCGAGAGGCCAACGGCGUUUAUUAAACUUUCAAGGAUGUUUAGGGGCCCACAGGUCCUGAUUAGGUAUUGUCCCCUAAGGCCAUUACUGCUAUUGAGAGAGUGCCACCUCUCUGGUUUCUCUGAGCACACUGCUGCUGGAUGGCAGGGUGCUCGAGAUGCGAAGAGAAGGAGAGAUGAUGGGAUCCCGGGAAGUAAGGUGGGGUCGCCGUCCACGGAGGCAGUAGCGCGGUCGACACGGCUGUCUUUAUUUAACUUGAACUGUGACAAUCCAAAGCAGGGAGAUGCUUUUUUUCAAAACCUCCGGUCCAAAGCCAUUUCAUUCAGCUAUCAACAACUCCCUCGGGUUCCUGCCUCCGCAAACCCCAAAUCUGUGAGCACUUACCAAGACUGUUUAAUCAACACAACUUGCCUUCAACCCUGGAGAAGGCCUCAGGACAUUUGCCAACCUUCGCACAGCACCACCUAUAAGACUCAGUGUAACCUUCUCCAAAGCAGUUCAUAUUGCAGACAGCACUCUGUUAGAUCUUUCAGCUCGUCGACACGCGCGCCAUGGAUCUUGAACCACUUUCCCAGUAGAGGACAACCCUCCGUCGUCGCUCCUCAAAAACCCAGAGCGGUUCAUCAGGCCGCCCCUCAAAAGGCCGAUGUCUGGAGGGGCUGCCUUUCCCUGACGAAUGAAAACAGGUGUCGACAGAGCCUGGGGCCCAACUUGAAGCUGUACGACGCCGGGGAGAAGGGGGCAAAUCGGAGCCAGGGAAAGAACCAGGGGAGAUGGGCGUCAGUCCUGGUCUCUCUGUGCUCUAAUCAGGGGGAGCCGGCAUUUCUUUUCACCCUGCGCUCCAGCACUUUGAAGGGCCGCCACAAGGGAGAUGUCAGCUUUGCAGGAGGAAAGAGCGAUCCAGUGGAUAGCGAUGUGGUGGCCACGGCGUUGAGGGAAGCCAGGGAGGAGCUGGGCGUUUCUGUGGCAACCGAGCAGGUCUGGGGCACCUUGAAGCCCUUGAGAGACAUGUCGGGGAUGAUGAUCGCUCCCGUCCUGGCUAACCUCGGCCCCAUAGAGGAGCUGUCCUUCAAACCGAACCCCGGAGAGGUCGAGGAGAUUUUCACCUUGUCCCUGUCCCACCUGUGCGACCCUCAGAACCGCGGCUACACACACUUCCGCACCGGCGACAAGUACGGCUACACUGUGCCAGUGUUUCGUAACGGGAAGCAUCGCGUGUGGGGUCUGACGGCCAUCGCCCUGGACCAUACCCUGAAACUCAUUGUCCCUGAUUGAGCAGCUGAACCUACUGUUUUUGUUUUUACGGUUCAUAGUACACUUAGACCGAUCAUGUGACUCGAAGUAUUGAUCGACAGGUUUUGUGUAGCAAAUGCCAGGAAUGUGAAAUAUUUUCUUUUAUAAAAAGGUCUAUUUCUUUCCAGUCAGGCGAAAUAUAUAUUUUUUUCUUCCUUCUCCUCUACUUGUGCACUUUCUGAGCUUUUGGGUGUAUAAGAAUGAGCGUGUGUAUAAAGGUGGUGGCCAGCUUUGAUGAUGUCACUCACAAAGAACAGUUGUUAAAAGCACAAAUAUGACGUAACAACAUCAAAAAGUGGCGAUACUUUUUUUUUUUACACCCCAUUCAUUAUUACCUGAACAUUUAUCCGUAUUUCUCUAUAUUAGGAACGCCUUUGAAUUUCAAAUGUUCAAAAUCCUUUUUUUAAUUCAGCUGGAAAUCUCCUGUACCAGCAGUUACCAAAUAAAUAGAUAUUAACAAGCUCAAUCGGGAUAUAACUUUAUUACCGUGAGGUUUUUUUUUUUCCAAUGAGAGUUGUUUUUAUUACAUUCUUUUUAUUUUGUAGGUGAAGUGCAGAGAUCAUGGUUUCCAGUGUGAGUCGGCUCACGUACGUUUUUUUUUUUUCUCACACUGGAUCAAGUCCUGACUUAAAAAACACUGAAAGGAAAGAAGGUUGGUGAACAGAGCAAUAAAGAUUGUUUUAAAGGUA